UCUCGGCUAGACUCACUGUUGGGUGUCCAAAAUUGUUAACAUUUUGACGAAAUCUGGCAAAUCUUUUCGACAUGAAGCAUGAAGAGAGGAGCAGAGCGUUUCGAUUUACAACUUUUCGGUUAUGAAGGAGCAAUGCGAGCACAAAGAAGGUUUAGAAAAGUGGCGAAUCUUGUCAACGUGAAGCAUGAAGACCAGGAGGAGAGCGUUUUGCUCAGCUAGUUUUCAGUAACGAAGGAGGAAUGCGAGCACGAAAAAGUGUAGCAACCAGAUUUUGAGGUUUAGAUGAUCAGAUGCUUUGACACUUUUUCGGUAAGAUAGCGGAAGUUCGACGUCUUCUCUAGAUUUCCGCAUCAUCCGUUUACUGUUAUUGCUGGCCUCUAGAGGCCGCUGAAGUGACGCUGGUUUCACCAGUGGGACUCUUUCAAGGCCUCCAUUUGUUCAGACUAUGGUUUUGUCGACGUUAGAAGCAAACUGAAUCGUGCAGACGUUGAUUGUGCAUCGACCAAUCAAUAGCACUCGCAUUCUUGAUUGUACUACGAGUUACCGUUACAGUUAGUAUUGCGAGGUGACGUUAGGGUAUCGAACCGUACGUACUGUGGAUUGUCUUGGGGUUGCUAUGAGCGUUUGAAUUAUUGAAUGCGGACAGAGUGCCGGGGGUUUUGCACAGGUAAUCAUCCGUGUAUUACUAGAAAAUUGCGUGCCGUUCUUUUGCUCCGAUCGCCGGAUGUAGCUGGGGGAUUACCAUUGAAGCAUUCAUCGAAGGAAUUAGGGAUUUUGUGGUAGGUGGACUGUUUGAAUUUUAUGGCGGUGCAUAUUAGUGAAGAGAGGCCGAUCGAUGUUGAUAAGGGUGAAAUAAUUCCAAGUCAAGAAAUUUGCAAGGCAGCAGAAUUAUUGCUGAAGGUCGUGAACGAUCCUGAGUUAUUCGGAGGGCUUUGCGAGAGUUGUGUUCCGAUUCUGCACGACCUUUUGCGGCAACUUUCGGUCUUAUCAGUGGAUGUGAGGAUUGUGAACAACACAAAAGAAAAAAGCACGGAGUGUAUAAGCAAUGAUGGUAAAGGGCCUUCACUCACUUUGGAUAAGUCCAAGUUGUGGAGUGAGGAACCAUAUUCAAGUUCAGAGACGGAGGAAGAGUCGAGUCCGUCACGCAAUUUAGAAACUCGUGAUGAUGACAGCGAAUCAGCUGUUUCCGCAUCCAAGGAUACUAAGUCAAUUGUUCCACAACUAGGAGUUACUCAAGAGGUUGUCACUACACCUGUUAGAGCCUUCAAGAAUGAGAAAAUUCAAUUUGCAUGGGCAAAUGUCGCCAUUUCUGGCCCCGAAACUGUAGACGACCUUACAGGGCCUCCAACUCCUGGAAAAUCAGAUGAGGCGAAGGAUCCGAUUCAAGGUAAAUUGAGCCGAGAAAGACGAGAAGAGCUACGAUUCCACGGUGUGAAACGGAAGAAGGACUUUCAGUGUAUAGAGUGGGUUAGAGGCACACGUAUGAACGUUGUAGCGGGCUUAGAGUUACACACGAAUGUGUUUAGCGCAGUGGAGCAGAGACGUCUCAUCGAUAUGGUGAAGGAGUACCAAGAGAAGGGACGCAAUAAACUCCUGAGAGAGAGAACGUAUUCUGAACCUAGGAAGUGGAUGCGGGGGAAAGGAAGAGUUACUAUACAAUUCGGAUGCUGCUACAACUAUGCAGUAGACAAAAAGGGAAACCCUCCUGGAAUAAUUCAUGACGAGCUGGUGGAUCCUUUGCCUAAUCUUCUAAAGCAAACUAUUCGUCGACUGGUCCGCUGGCAUGUUCUGCCAAGUGCUUGCAUACCUGACAGUUGCAUUAUCAAUAUUUAUGACAAGGGUGAUUGUAUCCCUCCACACAUUGAUCAUCAUGACUUCGUGCGACCCUUUUGCACAUUAUCGCUUCGCAGCGAAUGCAACAUAGUCUUUGGAUCGGAGCUCAAGAUUAUCGGACCAGGAGAGUUUGACGGGCCCCUCCUCAUACCUCUGCCAGUCGGGUCGGUUUUGGUGUUUAACGGCAACGGAGCCGACGAAGCGAAACAUGCCAUACCGGCAGUUCCUACCCAACGAAUAUCGAUCACUUUCCGCAAAAUGGAUCCAAGGAAGGUACCUAGAGGCUACGUAGUCCCAAGUGAUCUUGAAAAUGUAGUCCCUUUUUGAGGAUCACAAAAGUAGUCCAAAAAGGGAUUUCCUAGAAGUCCCCAUACGCAGUGUCUCUUGAACGGAGGGCAGUUUAACCGCCUGCGUUUUGUCGACUUAAUCUCCGUCGAUAUUACGGGAACUCAAUUCCCCUUUCCUGUGUAGUGUAUUCGAUAUGCUUUACUUUCGAUAAUCGAAAGCAAACGCUUGUGCUACAUGAGUCUUAGAACUAUCCACAGAAGUGUACAAAUUGACUGAAAUAGUGUAAAGCAGGAGUUUAUAGGAAGAGUUGUUUGCGAGAAAAUGAACAUAUAAUGGGCCGAGGUUUCUUUUCUGAUAGGUAGAAGAUAGUGAUAAAUUUUAUUGGAGGUCGUAUUUGCUGAGAACCUCCCAUCCGCUGACUAUUGAAAUAGCCGGGGCCAGGUACUCUUGUUUUAAUGGAACAACAUCCUUUGUGUCC